AUGAGUCAAACGGCCACAAACGACUCAACUAAUCACAUUAGGGUGGCGUUCUUUGCGCAGAUAGUUCUCGUGAAUCUCAUUUUAUUUCACAAAUUUCCGAAAUACUUUUCCCUUAUCCUCAUUCAGUGAUGCUGUUAAAAUGGAUCUGACGAAACUUGUAUUGUGUAUCUUUCUGAAAUGUUUGCUUUUAGCAACUCUUUCGUCCGCCCAGUGUACUAUCCCCAAAAUCCUGCGUGGUUCUUGGUUCUCAUGGGAAGUGGGACGACCAACCCAAACUGUGCUCGAUGCAGACACAAUGUCCCAGCGCGGGUAUUGUGUUGUGGUGCGUCAAGAAGGUGCGGACUACACGUUCGUGUUCAAAGACCAAACAGGUUGCUACCACUGCGUUAAGACAUUCCCCAGGACGCUUAAUGUAUUUGAAAAAGCUGAAAGUCCUUGUGUGUCUUUGGCGCCUGGCGAGGAGCCCACGAUUGAAAAUGUCUGCAAAGGCAUAAGCCCCGACCAGCAGCUCAUAACACUCUUCAAUGAGAAUUACGUUCCAAUAAAUUGUCGUUCGUCGCUAGAAGGAGUCUGGCACUUCACAUAUCAGAAUCGAUUCAGAUUUACCGGCGUGUGUAACAAGCCUGAAGCCCGAAUUCAGUCAUGCCAAACUGCCGGGUCGCAGUUCUUGAUUCUAAAUGAAAAGUUUAACAUCAGCUAUCGUCGCUGCGAGGGUAUGCAGGGCACAUUUGAUGGUCUAGUCGAAUACAGUUGUUUGGGCGAUUGGUUUGUCGGUAAAAAUCACUUUUUCGCCGUGGCAAAUACCAAGGAAUCACGUAAAGAUGAAAAGUACAGAUGUUUCCUGAAGAAUCGAGACGAUGAUCUCUAUAUUGGUGUGUCGAUCACGGCGGAGUGCAACACUUUGAAAACAGUGGAAAAUUCACCCGAGCGUUUGAAACUCACCCCAGUAAAGGCGGAGGUUGUCGAGCCUGGGUGUCGUCUGCCGCAAAAUUUCAGUGGAGAGUGGGUUAACACUGCCAAUAUUGAUGCGGAUGUGUUCAUUAACGAGACGCAUAUCAUAGAAACGUAUUAUCCGGAUAAAGCGCGAUACAGACGAACGGUUUACGUAUGCCGAGAACAGCGGGAUACCAGGAUAAUGAUGUCUCGUCUGACCGUGGAUGGAUGUCAAAAGGAUUAUAUUUGCUUCGACUUUAUGCCUCGACAUCACAAUAUAAUACGCUAUCGAAAAGGUUUAGCAGUAAUUCGAGACGACUUCAGUACAGUCUGUUCUUGGGUACAGUUUCCGAACAAAGAAUCGUGGCGUUAUGAUUUAUUCCUGCUACGGAAUCCGGUUCCUGUUCGAUGUCCUGUUGCCGGAAAAUUCAAUUUCACACAACGUGGAGAACAUCCCUUUAGAACAAGAAUUCUGGGAGGUGUUACUUUGAGUCCUCGUCCUGAUAUUCGUUGCAAACAAAAUAUAUCGGAUUUAUCCGUGUGCGACACUGAUCAGAAAGAGAUGGCUAUCGAUGAGAACUAUUGCUUGUCAGUUGAUUACUUGGGAAGACCCGUCGAUAUUUACAGUGACCCCGAUUACCGAAUGAAAUGCAUUGGCUUUUGGAGAGAAAAUCUCAGAUCCUAUUUGAUAACGUACGACGACUUGGAUCCCUUAUCGAAAUAUCGUUGCUGGGUGUAUCAGAGAGCUGAUCUUAAUAGGGUGUUGAUGUCUCAAGCUGUGGGAGCAUUUUGCAAUCUAAAACAAGAAGUCACCUCUUGGAAUUAUACCGAAGGAGCUGCCGUUGCCAUAGACAUGACUGAAUAUGAACGUGAAAGAGAUCAGUGCCCAAUGCAUUUCGAUGACGGUGGGAACCCAUGGCUAAAUUCAGAGAACCCAGUGAGAGUAUUCGAUUGGGAUUUCUACAAAAGUGCAUCGAACAUAAUAACGUCCAAUAACAUUCCAUUCUAUUUUAUUUGUGUUGCCCAUUUGAUAUUUAUUCUCGUGUUUACUCAGUAAACGAACCGACUGUUUUUUUUGUAUCAAGUUAUAGAUUUAAGCGUAAUUCCGUCCAUAGAUGUGAAAUCACAUUCCGUCCAGAAAGUAUCUCUUUUAUUAGUGAAGCGUUGUGUAAGUAAAUUACAUUCAGAUCGUGCCUGUGUCGUAUAAGAUAUGAACGCUAAGUUAUCUCCGAAGCAAGCAAGGAGCAACAUUAGUUUAAAAUUGUAGUAGAAAAGUUAGAGCAAGGAUACCUCGAGGAAGGUAUGACGUAACAAGAAAUUUCCACUAGACUAAGUCAUAUUUAGAAUCGCCUGUUUAUAAAAGACGAGCAAAGCUUUUGUUCGUAAUUCUCGUUAACACGGACAUUUGUUCUAAAUUUAAGCAAAUAUACUUUAUGAAUUGAUGGAAGUUUUCUCAACAAAUUAACGAAAAUAGCAAUAAAUUGAACUAUUACAAU